UUUCACAAAAUCCUAAACUGGCAAAACCUAAUUAAUAUCGCUCAUCGUUUUGUUUCGCGAACCCGAUCCUCAGACCUUGCUAAACUACCGUUACGUUGCUAUAAAGCCGUUGCCUUUUUCGCCUUCUACUCCUGUUCGCCUGACUUCGCCAUGGCGAUCGCCGAUCCCGACCGUCCUCCGACCUCUGCGGAUCUCGCGAUCUGCACGGUUGUCUUUGGCCAUUCCACAUUCCUUGGUCGAUCUCUCGUCUCCUCCCUCCUCAGCUCCGGCCGCUGGACCGCCCGGGUCGCCGACACCCUCCCCCCUCCCUCUCCCGGCCCGAUCCACCCAGACCUGGCAUCCUACUGCCAUGUCGACGUCACCGAUCCCUCUAGCCUUCGUUCCGCCGUCGCUGGCGCUGUUGCCGUCUUUCUCGUUGAUCCCCUCCCUUCCUUUCCCUCGCGGCCGCCAGUUGGGGACUUCCCGCGCCUCCAUGAACUUUCCGUUAUCGCCGCCAAAAGCCUCAUCUCCGCAUGCCGGCAGUCAGGCGUCCGGCGCCUCGUGUAUACGGGCUCCGCAGACGUCGUCUUUGACGGGGAGAAUGAUGUUUGCGACGCCGACGAGUCGUUGCCCUACCCUGAUGCGUAUGAGGAUGCGAUAAAUGAACUUCGGAUGCAAGUGGAGGUAUUGGUGUUGAGUGCUAAUGGAAUGGAUGACUUGUUGACCUGCGCACUACGGCCAAGCAUUAUUUUUGGGCCAGAAGACCCGUAUUUCGUGCACUUUAUUGUGAAGGAAGCUAGAUCUGGAAUAGCGAAGUUUGUCAUAGGAAAUGGUAAAAAUAUUUGUGAUUGCACCUACAUAGACAAUGUGGUGCAUGCCAACCUUUCUGUGGAAUCUGCUCUUAGUUCGUCACCAGCUUCUGUUGCUGGAAAGCCAUUUUUUAUUACAAAUGACGAACCAGUAGAGCUAUGGGAGUUCAUUUCUUACAUAUUAGAGAAUCUGGGGUACAAAAGGCCUACCUUUCACAUUCCUGCCAAGCUUGUAUUGCUAGUUAUCUCACUUUUGAAGAGGGUUGGCGACAAGUUGAAUGGUGGAGUAUCUAGUCAUGUUCUUUCUGCUGCCACUGUGCAUACGCUCUCUAGCUCGAGGACAUUUGAUUGUUCAAAAGCUAAGAACCAAUUUGGUUACUCAUCCAUUGUUUCAUUUCAGAAAGGUCUAGAUUUGACUGUGAAAUCACUCCCACGAUUAGAAGACUUGGGUAAUUCACAAGAGACCAGAUCAGAAGCGGAUAGAAUGUUGGGAAGUGGAGUAGUGGCUGAUAUACUUCUGUGGAGGGAUGAAAAGAAGACAUUUGCUUUGGUAGUUACCUUGUUCGUGCUAUUCUAUUGGCUAUUCCUUUCUGGGAAAACUUUUGUUGCAUCAAGUGCCAGAAUCCUUAUGGUGGUUUGUCUAUCUCUUUUUAUCCAUGGAAUUCUUCCUUCACAAAUGUUUGGUUUCAACCUUAAGAAGAUACCCUCCUCCUGUUUUGAAGUCUCAGAAUCAACUAUGAGAUGCAUUUUUUUGACUUUAGCAUCCUUGUGGAAUCAAGGAAUUUUAGCAAUGAGGUUGCUAGCUCAAGGUGAUGACUGGAGUAUUUUCUUCAAGGCAGCUGGUUCUCUCUAUUUAAUCAAACUUUUGUUGCAAAUUCCUAUCUCAGUAUUGGCCGGCGUCGGAUUGACAUGUCUAUUCAGUGUCUUCAUUAUUUAUGAACAGUGUGAGGAGGAAAUUAACAAACUAAAAGAAGUAGCUAUUAUUGGAUUUGAGAUCUCAAAGGAAACCUUGAUUGCUAGACUCCAGAAGUUCUUUGCAAAGAAUGCCUAAGAGUUGACAGUGGCUUUGAUUGUAGUCAGGUUCACGAAUAAGCUAUAAAUCAAAAUCACGAUAUUUUUCUCAUCUGAAGCAAUUGGGUUAAGCAUGAUUAUUCACAGGAGCAAUAGAGAUAUCUUUCCAGAGAAUGCCUGGAAUUGAAUCUGAAGUUGGGUAUUUCUCAAUAUCUCCACCAUAAGGUGUUUUUCUUUAGCCAAUCGAUCUACAUGUUCUUGGAACAAAAUCCUAUACUUCGCCUGUAUAUUUUAGGUGUCUUUGUUUUUAAGGUUGUUGAAAUACAUAUAAUUUUUGCAGUAUCCAUAUCAGGCUCAUGCGACCAAAUAAGCUUCUAUUAAUAUCAGUUUCACAUCCAAGAAAGAGGUAGAUCAUGUUUCUCCUUUUCUUUGGUUAUAAGGUGGGUAUGUAGAAAGGAGUUUCAGUAUCAGUCAGUGUUCUCUUAUUUAGAAAAGAAUCAUACUGUCUUCAAUUCAUGCAUCUACUGGACCUAUGAUUUUUGUAAUUUUAUUAUUAUCAUAAUUAUUCUUAUCACUGUCAAAUUCAACAGAACUGUAAAAUCUUUGCUUCCGAGGACAUCAUGGUAAUCAUACCGUCUAAUUCAUUUUA